AAGUGAGAGGAAUGGUUAUGGAUAAAUAUAUAGCAUAUGAUUGGCACAAGAAGUGAUGGAAAUGUUUGUGUGUGUGUGUGUGUGUGUGUGUGUGUGUGUGUGCAUUUACUAGAGCCAAGGGAAAGUUAAUAAAAAAAAAACAUUUGCCUUUACUUUUCAGCGUCAGUUUUGGAAAAUAUUUUGGACACAAUGUUCUUCACAAAAGCUCUGAAGUUCUUAAUUUUAUCCAAUGACUGAUGCAAACCAUCUGAGGCAGUAUAGAAGGCUAUUAAGAGCGCCCCCUGCAGAUAUGGGUGUCAAAAUGCUGCAGUGUUUUCCCUUCUACAGACGCUGCAAAGAGAGGGGCAAAAAACAGUGCCCUCCUGAGACGGUAGCAAGUGAAGAGGUGAAACCUCGGCUAUAUUCCACUACCUCUUGGGGCAGUGAAGGGGACGGCAGCAUUAGUCCGAGUUGCCCACAGGCCUAUUUUUCCCACAAGGCUCGGCUCUCACUUCGUCACCAGAUGGAUAGCAACAUUAAUGCAGUGGAUGCCACAUACUAACUUUGUCCCGCAUGCGGUCUCUGGAGAAUCCUUGAAAGUAAACUUUAGAUUUACAGCCCCAGUCCAGUUUAAGUCCAUUGUUGGAGAGUUUUUGCCGGGAACUGGAGGAUGAGCCAUUGGGAAAAAACAAGCAGCAUGGAAGUUUGUCUCUCCUUGCAUGCUUAUGGACACUCACGAGCAUCAGCUGUAUGCACUGUAGUAACAAUAUCAAGAUAAGUGUCUGAAUUUCUUUAAUUUAACAAUACAGCAACAAGUGUAAAAUGGCACGGCUGAGUGUAAUUUGGUGAAAGGGGAUAAUAUUAAACACUCUUAAGAGUACAGUAAGUUUAAAUGAUAACCAAUAAUUGCUUUUUUUCUAGCCUAUAGCUAUAGCCUACAGCUAUACAUCCAUCUGCAGUAUCUGAACUGGAUACUGGCUUUAUCUGAGGAGACGCUGACAUCAUUACGCAAUUGGGUUUUUUGAGCCAGAUAUAAAUACGUUCAGUAGGAUACUUUGAUGAAUAGCAGUAGCCUAUACCUAAUAAAAUCAAAGUGUUUUUCCUUACUGGUCAUAAAUUCAGUGUGUACUGUGAAGCACCUGAAUGUUUUUUUAUUUUACAUAAAUAGAAAGGAGGUUUCUAAAUCUUAUUUUGUUUUCUAUGUAUGUGCCAUUUUCUCUGCCCUGCAGCUGCAUCAAGGUCCGUUAACAUAGUGUGCACUGCUCUAACCUUAAUUAAUGUUUUUAUUAAGUUUAGAUUUCAGGGCUUUUUGAAAUAUGACUGGACCAUAAACACAUUUUGCUUGAGAAAUGUUUUUGAAACAGUUCUAUUAAAGAUGGUUGUUUCAUGGACUUUAUGCAAGUUAAACAUUACCAACAAAUGUAUUAAUACGAAGACGGCCUGGUUUUUAAAUCUUUAUAAGGUUUUCUUAUUGCAUGUAUAAAACCACUCAAGUGAAUGGAGAUGUUUCUUGUGUUUUAAAAAACAUGUUUUACAUUAUGUGUAUCUGGACUUCUUCACAUUGUUGUGUACACAUAUAUUAAAAUGUGAAUUUUUUU